CUCAAAUCUGUGAGAUACAAUUAUAAUUGUUACAUAAUUGUAGGGAGGCUACAAUUACCGGAUGAUUGUAAAGUUUUGUAGUUGUAAAAAAUACUGAUAAAUUAAUAAAUAAUUUCAUUAAUAUUUAAUGAUGUGUUUUUUUAAAUAUAUGUUUUUAUUUUCAUUUUUUAUAAAUUAUAGUUUUAAAUGAAAUAUAGUACGAUUUUUAUUUCUUAAUAAAACAGCUAAGAUAUGGCUACUGAUAAAGUUACUUUAACUGAUGCUUUAUCCAACGUGGAUGUACUAGAUGAACUGACAUUGCCAGAUGAACAACCAUGUAUUGAAGCCCAGCCAUGUUCAAUUUUAUAUCAAGCUGAUUUUGAUACUAACUUUGAAGACCGCAACGGUUUUGUAACUGGUAUUGCCAAGUACAUAGAAGAAGCUACUGUGCACGCUAGUCUUAAUGAGUUAUUAGAUGAAGGCCAAGUACAUGCUGUUAUGCUAUAUACAUGGCGGUGCUGCUCUCGAGCUAUUCCACAACCAAAAUCUAAUGAACAACCUAAUCGUGUUGAAAUUUAUGAAAAAACUGUUGAAGUUUUAGGUCCUGAAGUCAAUAAGCUUCUUCAGUUUAUGUAUUUUCAGCGUAAAGCAAUAGAACGAUUUUGUGGAGAAGUUAAACGGUUAUGCCAUGCUGAAAAACGGAAAGAUUUUGUAUCAGAAGCAUAUCUUUUAACUCUGGGAAAGUUUAUUAAUAUGUUUGCUGUACUUGAUGAACUAAAAAAUAUGAAAUCUAGUGUUAAAAAUGACUAUUCCAGUUAUCGCCGUGCAGCUCAAUUUCUCAAAGUGAUGGCUGAUUCCCAUACACUUCAAGAAUCCCAAAAUCUAUCAAUGUUUUUAGCUACCCAAAAUAAAAUUCGUGACACUGUAAAAGAAAAUUUAGAAAAAAUUCCAGCUUAUGAAGAGCUGUUAUCGGAUGUUGUUAAUUUAUGUGUACAAAUGUUUGAAUCAAAAAUGUAUCUUACACCAUCUGAAAAACAUAUGUUGGUCAAAGUUAUGGGUUUUGGAUUAUUCCUUAUGGAUAAUGAACUAUGCAAUAUUAAUAAGUUGGAUCAGAAAAAAAAACUAAACUUGGGAAAAAUUGAUCGGAUUUUUAAAAACCUUGAAGUUGUGCCUUUAUUUGGAGACAUGCAAAUAGCACCUUUUAAUUACAUUAAACGUUCAAAACAUUUUGAACCCGGAAGAUGGCCAUUGUCAAGUUCUCCUCAAAUAAGUCCACAAGCUGAUCUCAUGGUACAUUUACCUCAAAUUAGAGAAGACCAUGUGAAAUAUAUUAGUGAGUUAGCACGUUAUAGCAAUGAAGUAACUACUACAUAUAAAGAAACAAGAACAGAUAUUGAAAAUAAAGACACUGCCGAGUUAGCAUUGAGAGGUUUACAACUUUUAUCUGAAUGGACAAGUGUUGUAACUGAGCUUUAUUCAUGGAAAUUAUUACAUCCUACUGAUCAUCAUCAAAAUAAAGAAUGUCCUAUAGAAGCUGAAGAAUAUGAAAGAGCAACUCGUUAUAAUUAUACUGAUGAAGAAAAAUUUGCUCUUAUCGAAGUCAUUGCAAUGAUAAAAGGAUUGCAAGUUCUUAUGGCUCGAAUGGAAACAGUUUUUACUGACACAAUUCGACGUAAUAUUUAUGCUGAGUUACAAGAUUUUGUACAAUUAAUUCUAAGAGAACCUUUAAGAAAAGCAAUUAAAAACAAAAGAGAUUUGAUAAGAAGUAUAUUAGUAUCUGUUCGAGAAACUUGUGCUGAUUGGCAAAGAGGUGUUGAACCUUCAGCAGAUCCAGCUUUGAAAGGAAAAAAAGAUCCAGAUGUUGGUUUUGGGAUCAAAGUACCCAGGAGAAAUGUUGGUCCAUCAUCUACUCAACUUUACAUGGUGAGAACUAUGUUGGAAUCAUUGAUAGCUGAUAAAUCUGGUGGUAAAAGAACAUUACGUAAAGAUAUUGAUGGUCAGUAUUUAAUGCAGAUUGAUCAAUUUCAUAAAACAUCAUUUUUUUGGAGUUAUUUACUUGGAUUUAGUCAAUCCUUACAAGAAUGUUGUGAUUUAUCACAACUAUGGUAUCGUGAAUUUUAUUUAGAAAUGACUAUGGCCAGAAGAAUUCAAAAAUGUACUGUCAAACAUCAGCAUAAUGAAGAAUGUAGUGAUCUUAUUACUAUGGAAAAAAGAAUUCAAUUUCCUAUUGAAAUGUCAAUGCCAUGGAUAUUGACUGAUCAUAUUUUAAAAACUAAAGAGCCCUCUAUGAUGGAAUAUGUUUUAUAUCCCCUUGAUUUAUAUAACGAUAGUGCACAAUAUGCAUUGACUGUAUUUCGAAAGCAAUUUUUGUAUGAUGAAGUUGAAGCUGAAGUGAAUUUAUGUUUUGAUCAAUUUGUUUACAAGUUAAGUGAACAAAUUUUUGCUCAUUAUAAACAAUUAGCUUCCAGUAUAUUGUUGGAUAAAAGAUUCCGUGUAGAAUGUGUUGCUAUGGGAACUUAUCUUGUGCUUUACCCUAGAGCAAAUAGAUAUGAGACUUUGUUGAAACAACGGCAUGUUCAAUUAUUAGGCCGAAGUGUUGAUUUAAAUAAAUUAAUUACUCAAAGAGUCAAUGCAGAUAUGUUGAAAUCUUUAGAAUUGGCUAUUGCUAAGUUUGAAGGUGGUGAUAUAACUGGUAUUGUUGAAUUAGAAGGUAUUAUGCAAGUUAAUAGAUUAUGCCAUAAAUUGUUAAGUAAACAUCUAGCUUUGGAUGAGUUUGAUGCUAUGUUCCGUGAAGCUAAUCAUAAUGUGUUGGCGCCUUAUGGUCGUAUUACCUUACAUGUUUUCUGGGAGUUAAAUUAUGAUUUUUUGCCAAACUAUUGUUAUAAUGCUGCCACAAAUCGUUUUGUAAAGUGUAAAGGUUUGAAUUUCACACAAGAUGUUCAUAGAGACAAACCUCCACAAAUGGGUCAUCAAUAUUUAUGGGGAAGUAAACAAUUAAAUCUUGCAUACACUACUAUUUUUGGACAAUAUAAUGGGUUUGUUGGAACCCCUCAUUUUCGAACUAUGUGUAAGAUGCUAGGUUAUCAAGGCAUUGCAGUGGUAAUGGAAGAGUUGUUAAAAAUUGUAAAAUCAUUAAUUCAAGGAAAUCUUCUUCAAUUUGCAAAGACAUUAAUGGAAGCCAUGCCUAGACAAUGCAAGUUACCUCGAUAUGAUUAUGGUUCACCUGGUGUAUUAGGCUAUUAUCAUGCUCAAUUAAAUGAUAUUGUUCAAUAUCCUGAUGCCAAAACAGAAUUAUUUCAUAAUUUUCGAGAACUAGGUAAUACAAUUCUAUUUUGCUUAUUAAUGGAACAAGCACUAUCACAGGAAGAAGUUUGCGAUCUCUUGCAUGCUGCACCAUUUCAGAAUAUUUUACCUAGGCCAUUUACUAAAGAGGGAGAAAAAACUGAAAGCAAGCAAAAAAGAUUAGAAGCAAAAUAUGCUGCUCUUCAAAUAGUUCCUAACAUUGAACGUUAUGGAACUGCUAAGCAAGUUGGAAUAGCUCGUGAUGGUGACUUAUUAACACGUGAAAGGUUAUGCUGUGGGCUAUCUAUAUUUGAAGUAGUAUUAUCUAGAUUGCGUGGUAUGUUAGAUGAUCCUGUAUGGGUUGGACCACCACCACAAAAUGGUGUAAUGAACAUUGACGAGUGUACAGAGUUUCAUAGGUUAUGGUCAGCACUUCAGUUUGUAUAUUGCAUACCAGUAGGUGAAACUGAAUUUACUGUUGAGCAAUUGUUUGGUGAAGGUUUACAUUGGGCUGGCUGCACCAUGAUUGUACUUCUUGGACAACAAAGGCGAUUUGAAGCUUUAGAUUUUUGCUAUCAUAUUUUACGAGUUCAAAGAGUAGAUAGUAAAGACGAUAAUGUCAAAGGAAUUCAUCUAAAACGUAUGGUGGAUAGAAUACGUAGAUUCCAGGUGUUAAAUUCACAAAUAUUUGCAACUUUAAAUAAAUAUUUAAAAGCAAAUGAGACAGAUGCAAGUGCAGUUGAACAUGUUAGAUGUUUUCCACCACCUAUACAUCCAUCUCAUCCAUCAUCUCAUUAUUAUCGGCCUGAUCAAGCUGGAUCUCGUUAAUAUGACAUAACAUUAAUUCAAAAUUUAUAAUUCAUAAAUAAUAAUACAUAAUCAUAACUAUUUGAUAACAUUAAAUUUUUUAGUUAAUUCUAUA